AUGAAGACCUCCUUCGCCACGCUCAUCACCUCUGCCCUCGCUGCCACCACCUCCAUGGUCACGGCGGCCCCCUCCGGGAGCACCGGCACCGGCACCGACACCAUCGCCGAGCGCGACAACUGCUUCUACCCGAGCUCCUGCUCGUCCACCUGGUCCGGCAAGUGCGAGGACUACUGCGGCACGCGCGGCUUCUCGCACAUGACGGGCGAGGACUGCGAGUGGCCCUCGAAGAAGUGCUGCUGCAUCACUGAGAUAUAA